GGAUGAACCUCAUCUGCAUACAGACAUGAACUCACUCCCAGGUGUUCGCAUGCCCACAUACACAGCAACAUGCGCCAGAAGAGAGCGAAUUAGCGUCGCUAUUCCAAGCUCAUGUCAGGCAGCACUCAACUUAUUAGUGGUGUGUCCGCCAACCAGAAUUCGCAGGUCGUGGCUGGCACUAUCCAUGGGUCUGUGAACUUUGGGAGCAGCAAAAACUUGAACGAUGUGCUCAACUCCCUCCCUACCGCAAAGGACGCGCCGUUCAAUACAUACCAGCGACAACACGACCCGGCCUGCCUUCCCGAUACCCGCGUCGACCUCCUCCAAGAGAUAUACAACUGGGCUGACAGGCAAGAUGGGCGCUCUAUUUUCUGGUUGAACGGCUUGGCCGGCACGGGCAAGUCGACAAUUGCGCGCACUGUCGCCCGCAGAGGCUUCGAUGAGAAGCAUCUCGGAGCCAGCUUCUUCUUCUCGCGCGGCGGUGGGGAUGUCAACCAUGCAGGCAAGUUCAUCACGAGCAUUGCGUGGCAGCUGGCGAACAACAUACCCUCUCUCCAACAGUACAUUUGCGAUGCCAUCAUAGAGCACCGCGACAUUGCGAGCCAGUCCCUCCGUGACCAGUGGCAGCAACUUAUCCUAGGUCCACUAUUAAAGCUAGGUGAAAACGGUGGCCAGUCCUCGUACAUUCUUGUCGUUGAUGCGCUCGAUGAGUGCGACGGUGACAAUAACAUCCGGAUUAUCAUACACCUCUUAGCUGAAGCUCGAUUGUUAAAGACGGUUCGACUACGAGUCUUGCUGACAAGCCGACCUGAAAUUCCAAUCCGAUAUGGAUUCCGUCAGCUACCGAAUGCGAAUAUCCAGGAUUUUGUACUUCACAGCAUAUCACCCUCUAUCGUAGAUCACGAUAUCUCUGUUUUCUUCGAGUAUAAUCUUAAGCUCAUUGGACAGGAGCACUCUCUAGAUGACUCCUGGCCAGGCGAAGAGAUUAUCAAAAGCCUGAUCCAGACUGCAGGGGGAUUGUUCAUUUGGGCCGCAACCGCUUGUCGGUUCAUUCAAGAAGGUUAUCUCGCAGACGAAAGAGUGCAAACUUUGUUAGAAGGUAGUACCUCUAUUCCUGCACCAGAAGAGCAUCCAGAAGUACACCUUAAUAAGCUCUAUACUACCGUCCUAAAGAAAUCUAUCCGGUUAGGUUACUUAGCGAAAGAGAAGGAAGCAUUGUAUGGCAUGCAAAGUCAUAUUCUUGGAAGCAUCGUGGUGCUCUUCUCCCCGCUCUCUGCCGGCUCGCUUCACAGGCUACUUAAUAUCCCCAAGCAAAAUAUUGGUCAGGUGCUCAGGGAUCUUCAUGCGAUUCUAAACAUUCCCAAGGUCGACAUAUAUCCACUUCGUCUGCAUCACCCUUCGUUUCGCGACUUUCUCCUCGAUGAAAAGAGAUGCGGAGAUCCAAACUUAUGGGUAGACGAGAAGAAAGCCCACCAAGUGUUAACCAACAGCUGUAUCCAGCUUAUGUCGUUAUCACUCAAGCAAGAUAUAUGUUGCGUGAAUGCCCCCGGCAUGCUUGUAGCCAAUGCCGAGAGACGCCGAGUUACACAAAGUUUACCUCCUGAAGUCCAGUAUGCAUGUCUUUACUGGAUCCAGCACCUCCAGAAAAGCGGUACUCGACUUUACGAUAAUGGUCAAGUGCAUCAAUUCUUACAGGAACAUCUUCUUCACUGGCUCGAGGCCCUUGGAUGGAUGGGAAUGGUGUCGGAAGGAGUUUAUGCUAUCACAUCUUUGGGGUCGUUUACUUCCUUAAGUGGCUGUCCUAGUCUCUCGAAAUUUAUCCAUGAUGCGAAGCGGUUCGUGCUCUAUAACCGACAUAUUAUCGAGCAGGCUCCCCUUCAGACGUACUGCAGUGCCCUCGUAUUCGCACCGACAAUAAGUAUAAUAAGACAGCAGUUCGUAAACUGUAUGCCUAGAUGGAUACGAAAUUCGCCAAGGGUUAAGGAGAAAUGGCAUGCGGUAAUACAGACGCUGGAGGGCCAUUCGGACCGCGUCAACGCCGUGGCCUUCUCGCCGGACAGAAAGACGCUGGCGUCGGCAUCGAACGACAGGAUGGUCAAGCUGUGGGACGCCGGGUCGGGCGCGCUGCAGCAGACGCUCGACGGCCAUUCGCGCUCGGUCCGCGCCGUGGCCUUCACGCCGGAUGGAAAGACGCUGGCGUCGGCAUCGAGCGACGGGACGGUUAAACUAUGGGACGCCGGGUCGGGCGCGCUGCAGCAGACACUCAAGGGCCAUUUGGGCUCGGUCUACGCCGUGGCCUUCGCGCCGGACGGAAAGACGCUGGCGUCGGCAUCGAACGACAGGACGGUCAAGCUGUGGGACGCCGGGUCGGGCGCUCUACAGAAGACGCUCGAGGGCCAUUCGGACUCGGUCCGCGCCGUGGCCUUCGCGCCGGACGGAAAGACACUGGCGUCGGCAUCGAACGACAGGACGGUCACGCUGUGGGACGCCGGGUCGGGUGUGCUGCAGCAGACGCUCGAGGACCAUUUAGGCUGGGUCUACGCCGUGGCCUUCGCGCCGGACGGAAAGACGCUGGCGUCGGCAUCGAGCGAUAGAACGGUCAAGCUGUGGGACGCCGGGUCGGGCGCGCUGCAGCAGACGCUCGACGGCCAUUUGGGCUCGGUCCUCGCCGUGGCCUUCGCGCCGAACGGCAAGACGCUAGCGUCGGCAUCGAACGACAGGACGGUCAAGCUAUGGGACGCCGGGUCCGGCACGCUACAGCAGACGCUCGACGGCCAUUCGGAAUCGGUCUGUGCCGUGGCCUUCGCGCCGGACGGAAAGACGCUGGCGUCGGCAUCGGACGAUGCGACGGUCAAUCUAUGGGACGCCGGAUCGGGCGCGCUGCAGCAGACGCUUAAGGGACAUUCGCGCUCGGUCCGCGCCGUGGCCUUCACGCCGGACGGCAAGACGCUGGCGUCAGCAUCGGACGAUGCGACGGUUAAGCUGUGGGACGCCGGGUCGGGCGCGCUGCAGCAGACGCUCGAGGGCCAUUCGCGCUCGGUCCGCGCCGUGGCCUUCGCGCCGGAUGGAAAGACGCUGGCGUCGGCAUCGAGCGACGGGACGAUUAAACUAUGGGACGCUGGGUCGGGCGCGCUGCAGCAGACGCUCGACGGCCAUUCGGAAUCGGUCUGUGCCGUGGCCUUCGCGCCGGACGGAAAGAUGCUGGCGUCGGCAUCGAACGACAGGACGAUCAAGCUGUGGGACGCCGGGUCGGGUGCGCUGCAGCAGACGCUCGAGGACCAUUUAGGCUGGGUCUACGCCGUGGCCUUCACGCCGGACGGCAAGACGCUGGCGUCGGUAUCGGAGGACGCGACGGUCAAGCUGUGGGAUGCCGGGUCGGGCGCACUGCAGCAGACACUCAAGGGCCAUUUGAGCUGGGUCUACGCCGUGGCCUUCGCGCCGGACGGCAAGACGCUGGCGUCGGCAUCGGACGAUGCGACGGUCAAGCUGUCGGGCGCGCUGCAGCAGACGCUCGACGGCCAUUCGGGCUCGGUCCUCGCCGUGGCCUUCGCGCCGGACAAGACGCUGGCGUCAGCAUCGAACGACUGGACGGUCAAGCUGUGGGACCCCAGGUCGGGCGCGCUGCAGAAGACGGUCGACGGCCAUUCGGGCUCGGUCCUCGCCGUUGCCUUCGCGCCGGACGACAAGAUGCUGGCGUCGGCAUCGAACGACGGGACGGUCAAGCUGUGGGACGCCGGGUCGGGCGCGCUUCAGCAGACGCUUAAGGGUCAUUCGCGCUCGGUCCGCGCCGUGGCCUUCGCGCCGGACGGCAAGACGCUGGCGUCGGCAUCGAACGACUGGACGACGCUCGACGGCCAUUCGGGCUCGGUCCUCGCCGUGGCCUUCGCGCCGGACGGCAAGACGCUGGCGUCGGCAUCGAACGACAGGACUGUCAAGCUAUGGGACGCCGGGUCCGGAACGCUACAGCAGACGCUCAAGGGCCAUUCGCACUGGGUCUACGCCGUGGCCUUCGCUCCGGACGGCAAGACGCUGGCGUCGGCAUCGGACGAUGCGACGGUCAAGCUGUGGGAUGUCGGGUCGGGCGUGCUACAGCAAACGCAUGAUAUGGGAGACAUCGUCUACGCUCUCUCUUUCUCCGAUGAUGGUACCUCUCUCCAGACAGACCGUGGAUCCUUGCCUAUUUUACUCCCUCUCUCUGGUGGUAUAGGUGUAACCAGUCUACAAUAUCCGUCUUCUAUCUUUGUCAAUGACAACUGGCACAAGUGGCGACAGCCGAUGAGUAAUGUUUGA